UAGUGUGCGUCUAGCAUCACAUUCUGGUUCAACAAAAAGCUGCUGCUAGUUUCAGGUUUAUAAUGAAAGAUCUGCCCGUGAAUCUGCGUAUAGAUUCAAGGAAAAAGCCGAUGUAUGUGCAUGUGUUUUGUAAGAUAGACUUCCAGUACAUCGACAAGUGAGCACAAUUCAUGGACUUGUACCCGUGGACGCGCACCUCGGCACGGCUCUGCGCGCUCUGAGGUUGCUUUUCUUCAGCAGCUUUGAGCCCGUAGCAUCCCGAAACAUUCGACUGCCGCAAAGCUCGAACUCCGGGUGCAUCGUCAAACAGGGCUACAUAGUGAUCAUUUUGCUUCGAAUUCGGUUCGGAAGUUAUUUUCCUAUUUUUUCCCCCAUUUUUUGCCCCUAUCAAACCUGAGUUUUUUUCCGACAUAAGAAGAUCAAUUAAUGUUGAGUCUUUAGUCUGUGUCUUUCCGUUAUUGGGUCACCAAUCACCCACGGCAAUUACCAUGGUCUUAGAGAUAUGAUUUGAUUCCUAUUUCCUGGGAAACAGUAGAAGCAGGAGUUAAAUUUACGUGUGAAAAAAUCGGAGUAAUACUUGAAUCCCUUCUAAUUGUGUUGAGGAUAUUUUCUCAUUCUCCUCUCCUCUAUCUGGGAUCGUACUGCUUGGAAAGUGUGGCGUCAUGUCUUCGAGAUGAAUGUGCUAUGUGCCUGAUCUGGGAAAUACCUUGUGGAAGGUGUAAAGCGGGAAAUAGACAAGGAGGACUCAGAGUCUACAAUUGAUCCACAUUUUCGGUGCGUAAUGAACCUGGAAUGAACGACGGAGAAUGGAUAUUAUUUGGGAAAUAUUUAUUAUUCUUCAAGCUAAUUUCAUCGUCUGUAUAUCAGCACAGCCAAAUUCACCAAAAAUUCAUGAAGGCUGGUGGGCAUACAAAGAAGUUGUCCAGGGGAGCUUUGUUCCAGUGCCAUCUUUCUGGGGGCUAGUAAAUUCAGCCUGGAACCUAUGCUCUGUUGGAAAGAGACAGUCUCCAGUGAACAUAGAAACCAGCCAUAUGAUCUUUGACCCCUUUCUCACCCCAGUGCGCCUCAACACAGGAAGACGCAAGGUUGGAGGGACCAUGUACAACACCGGCCGCCACGUCUCCCUGCGUCUGGAUAAGGAACACCUGGUGAAUAUUUCGGGCGGGCCCAUGACCUACAGUCACCGACUAGAGGAGAUCCGGUUACACUUUGGCAGUGAGGAUGGCCAGGGCUCUGAGCACCUCCUCAACGGGCAGGCCUUCUCCGGGGAGGUUCAACUUAUACAUUACAACCACGAGCUCUAUACAAACUACACAGAAGCAGCAAAAAGCCCAAAUGGAUUGGUGAUAGUGUCUAUAUUCAUGAAGAUAGCGGAGUCUUCAAAUCCAUUUCUUAAUCGUAUGUUGAACAGAGACACCAUCACAAGAAUAACGUAUAAAAAUGAUGCAUAUUUAAUGACGGGACUAAACAUCGAAGAGCUGUACCCAGAGACCUCAAGUUUUAUCACUUAUGAUGGAUCGAUGACUAUCCCGCCGUGCUUCGAGACUGCAACGUGGAUCCUGAUGAACAAGCCGGUGUACGUCACGCGGAUGCAGAUGCACUCUCUGCGGCUGCUGAGUCAGAACCAGCCCUCGCAGAUAUUCCUCAGCAUGAGUGACAACGUGCGGCCCGUCCAGCCCCUCAACAACCGCUGCAUCCGCACCAACAUCAACUUCAGCAUGCAGGGCAAGGACUGCCCCAACAACAGGGCCCAGAAGCUGCAGUAUCGAGCUAAUAUAUCUCUGCAACAGCUGCACAAAAUGUGAAUUUUUCACCUGCAGCAUAAAAACAUUGAGGUCAAGAGUGAAUGAAUGGCUUCUGAAAUAGAAGCUCUAGGAUGAACAUGAUGGGUAUUAAAAAAAAUCAAGAACAGCAGCAAAGUACAACUCACAGGAUCAAGACUGCAUUGCUUUUUUCCUGCCAGAUUUCACGAUAAUGUAAAAUAAAAUUAAAAAAAUAUAUAUAAAUAUAUCUACACGCAAGAAAAGACUUUGCAUCUGGCAAAGAGACCCUUAUUUCAUACUUCAAGAACAUUUGAAUCAAACACAAACUAGUCAAAUACAGUACAACUCUAUAUGAAAAUGUUUUGAUACGUAACUUUUUGGGAGAAAAAAAAAUGAAAACAUAAAAAGCCCCCCAAAUGAAGCAUUUAUUUCGUAGCCUGGUCACCAGUGAAGUAAAUUCAACUCUGGCCUUUGUACAUACGGACGUCUUGUUUCAUACACCACUGAAGGGGCUGCCUUGCGGACCUGCCAAUCAGAGGGGAAGAUGUGGAAUAGUUCAUCGCUACAUUGUCAUUGUCAUCUCGUCGUCGUGCUGACAAGGCAUGCAGAUUGCAAAGGACAGCAGGACGCAGCCAUGCAUCAACGUAUUCGAAACGUUUCAAGACCAACCAUAAACAAUCAAAUCGAAUGAUAGUGUCUGAGUAAAAUAUGGGUGUUUUGGCCUUGUAUAUAUUAUUAUUAUUACUAAUGCUGAAAAAUUAAUAAAUAAAAAUGAAAAUAAAAAUGAAAAGAGGAAAAAAAAAAAAAACCUGAAAAGAGUUGAGUAUUUUACGCUUGGCGCACUUUGAAUUCUGGAACAGUUCUGAGCUGAUGCCUUUUCUUCUGUUUUCUUGUUUACAAUGGUCAUACACUGUGUUUGAUUAAUGUUAUCAGCCCAAUAAAUGUGUUUGGAAAGUU